UAUACUUCUACGCUACAAUUUAUUCAACGCUAACGACCUAGUUUCCAAUUUAUAGGGCUGACGUAUCGGGUCCACCCAAUCAAUGGUCUCCGUGUGGCUCUAUGUGUUAACAAUGCAGAUUAUUCCGCACCAAACGUCAGUACCCUACCAAUAUGCUAGUUAAAUACAUCGCCCUCUUCGUAUCUUUGAAAACAGCUUUGGGUAUUUACCCAUACUUCGAUACGCAAGAUUUCAUCUACAAUGUGCCUAAAGUGUAUAGAAUUUCUAUAACGCUGGAUAAAUUAUUGGAGUAUUAUGAGAAGAAGCCCUCGAAGGAUCCGGAGUGGUAUAUAUCUCUGGGCUUGGCAAGAGGUCAAUUGGAGUACACAAUUAAUGAACUGGAUAAGUCCGUGCCUCCAAAAUUGAAGGAGAAUCUGCAGAAUCUAACGAGGAAGAUGGAUCGCAUACGUAACAAUACUGAUAUCACGAAACUGGCCUAUCGCAGUAAGGAUUAUGAAUAUGUGGCCAAGGCCAUAUUCGAGAACUUGGACGUACUAUCGAGCAUCAUGGAGCCGAUAACCCUCGGCACGAUGGGCACCCAGAAGCCUUAUCGGUUCGACUUCGAGCAGUACGUGCAGGAAGCCAGGACUAAAAUGCCAGGAAGAAAAGCCGCAGAUGCGUGCACAAUGCAGCUUCUAGUAUCAGCCAUGGAGACACAAACGACGCAGUCCGACGGAUCCUGUGAACUGUCCCCCGAAUGCAGCCAGCAAAUCAUGAAGGGAGCCGGCCUGGCCUUCCAGCAGACCAGCCGCCUCCGCGCGGCCACGCUCGCCCGCCUCUUCGACUGUAUGGACGGAGUGGAUCUUAACGCACAGAUAUACAAACUGUGCAUACAGAUUUACAAGGAGACGAAGUCGCUAGAGGCUUGGGACCAUCCAGCGGGGACUAGGACUAUUUUCAUGCAGCAAGUAAUGUACUGCGCACACCAUGGUUACGGGGAGUUUAUCAAGCCCCGCUGGAUGAACAAGAUCAUAUCCUGGCAAGAGCCGAAAGGCUGCUACUCGGACGAUCGCCGGCCCUUCAUGAGACUUACGGGCUUCGUGACCGCGGCUCCGCCAGCCCAAAAAGAGCGUGAGGAGGAGUACCGUGUGAAGAAGGCGGCAGUAUCGGAAGGUGGUCCCUGCAACUCGCUAACAUCCGCCAUGGCGCUUGGCUCCUUGGUGGUUUACAUACGAGCCUUACUUGAAACGGAUCAGGCUUUCCAGUACGAUGUAUUGGAAUAACA